AUGUGUCAGGCACCGGCUCACUUCGUGAGCACGUCUCCUCGUCAGCCGUUGAAUGACGACGAGCGACCGACCGACCCAGGCGACUACGAUUCAGCGCAGCUGCUGCUGCUGCAGCAGCAGCAGCAGGUGAUCGAGAGGAUGUACCGGCAUGGACUUAACAUCAAGUGCGAACAUCAUUGCAUUUUGACCUGUUCUGCCCAGAGCAUCUAUCUGCAAAUCCAACCCCAGAAAUAUGUACAGAAGUCGAAACUUCUGAUGUUCGAGCUGAUCUCAGCCUGUCCAACAAAGUUGAACCAUGGAACACAAACUUUUGUCGAGCUGAUUCUCUACAGAUGGUUAAAGCGGUCAUGA